CGUUCCGGAACAUAUCAUCGACGGAACGCAGUAUAUACAUGCCCGUCAAGUCGUCCUCUAUGAAUGUUGUUGCUAGCUAACGUUGAUUUGUGCCCAGGGGUUUCUAACGAUAUUGUAUGUAUUAAUUAACCGUUCAUUGACUGUAAAACGAUGACAUCCAGAGGGACACCGAGUCGCUUCCUUCAGAGCGUUCUUCAGAACGGUAUCGGUCGGUAUGUCUGCCAGCUGAAACGAGUCUCCAUCAUCUUCUCUAAAAAUGCACAGAGCUCGUUGGGAGUCAGGGAGUUCAUUGAAGAGGGAGUGGUGGAUUAUGCCAAGAAGAACCCUGCAACUGUCGUGUACGUGUCUCCUCAGUCAUGCAGGAUACCCAAAAUAGUUGCAGAAUACUUAAACGGCAACGUGAGGGAAGAAAUCGUCACGAGCAAAACGUCUCCGCAGAUAUCAGAGCUUUUGACCAAGCUGACUAAUCAGUCGGGCCUGGACAUCAUACGCAUCCGCAAGCCCUUCCACACAGACAACCCCAGUAUCCAGGGCCAGUGGCACCCAUUCACCAACCGGCCCCCGUCCAUCGGUCCCAUCAGACCGCAGAAACAGGACGCUGAAUAAGGACUAUCCAAAGUUUAAAGUCAAAUUUGGUGCUUAAUUCCAGAUUAUUCUUGCAAGAUAUGUCCUUUUUCUGAAGCUGUUCAAGUGUCUGUGAUCUAAAUUAAAUCACAGGUCAAGUAUGGUUGCAGCAAUUUUCCAGUGUAUUUGUUGGAUGUUUCUGCAGAAGACCCCACUAUCUAUCGACUGAAUAUUUUUCAACCUGCUCUUCUCUCUUUUGGUGGUAGCAAAGCCACUUUAGCUGUGCAAAGAAGUGCACACAGUACCAGCUCUGAAUGUCACAUUUGAAUAGACUUUACAUGAAUCCACCAGAGGCUUGUCAGCUGGUUUAUUAAAAAGCAGAUAACAGUUUUUAAUGUUGAGGUUAUGUAGUAAUGUGCAGCACUUCGGAGCAGAUGGAACUUUGUAUGAAAUAAAAGAAAAAAUUAUUGUGCAAAUGCUGGCA